UUGAUCGCUGUGGCUGGGGUGUGAUACCCUAGAUAGCAGGGUAGUACGGCAUUACCUUACUGUCUAGCACGCACAAGACUAGGGACUGUUCAUUGAACCUUCAUGCUUCAGCCCUGUUAGGCUACUUGGGUUGAAAAGAUGGGGUUCUCUACCUCUAAAGUAGCAGUUUCUCUUUUGUUUGUCCUAUGGAUUUGCAGUACGCAGGGGCAGGAUAUUCCAACAGAGAUAGACAUUUCAUUAAAAGGUGAACCAGGAGAAAAAGGAAGCAAAGGAAGAGCGGGAGACCAAGGUCCCCCUGGUCCAUUUGGGCCAAGAGGUCCACAAGGACGACAGGGAAAGCGAGGCAAGUCAGGACAGAUGGGAUCCCCUGGAGAACAGGGUGCCCCGGGACAGCGUGGACCACCAGGCUCUAUGGGCCCGGCUGGAUUGCCUGGAGCAGAUGGAAGCGUAGGAGAACCAGGUAAUCCUGGUAAAAAUGGACAAAAAGGAGAACGGGGACCUGAUGGUAUUUCUGGAGAAGAUGGUCAAGCUGGUCCAAGAGGAGCUCCAGGGGCACCAGGUGAACCAGGAAAUGAUGGAAGAGAUGGCGAAAAGGGUGCAAGAGGAAAAGAUGGCGAACCAGGCAAAUCAGGACCACCGGGACCUCAAGGACCAAAUGGUGGCAUGGGAAUUGCUGGCCAAAAAGGAGAACAGGGUGCACCAGGCAAGGCUGGAGCAACUGGUCCCACUGGCUCACGUGGCCCUUCAGGUGCUCCUGGUGAAUUUGGUGAAAGAGGAGAGCAGGGAACCCCAGGAGCUGAUGGAUCACCAGGUUUAAGAGGUUUCCCUGGCCAAAGUGGUUCACGAGGUCUUACUGGAGCUCAAGGUGAACCCGGGCCAGCUGGACCACCAGGCCCUGAUGGAAAGAAGGGACCACAAGGAGAAAGGGGACAAGAUGGGAUACCUGGAGACCCUGGCGAUGUUGGAGCUCCAGGUGAAACAGGCUCUCAGGGUGAAUCGGGCAUCAAAGGAGAAAAAGGCAAACCAGGAGAGAACGGAUUAGAUGGAACACCUGGAGAGCGCGGUGAAAGAGGACCUGAAGGUCCCCAGGGUAACUCUGGUGCAGCAGGUUCUCCAGGUCGCCCAGGUCCACCAGGCCCCCCUGGAACUAAGGGAGACAGAGGAGACACAGGUCCACAGGGAAGCAGAGGAAACCCAGGAAGAGACGGCAAGAGGGGAUAUGCUGGCACCCCAGGUCCCCCAGGAGCUCCUGGAGAACGAGGAACGAGAGGUUCCCCCGGACUUUUUGGCACACCAGGUGCUGAUGGCGAGUCAGGAUUAGCUGGCCCUCGUGGAGCCCCAGGAUUGCCAGGACCUGGCGGUGAGAAUGGAGCUGAUGGUCCAACAGGACCUCCUGGACCCCCUGGGCCAAUGGGUGAGCAAGGUGAACAGGGAGCCCCUGGAGAUAUGGGCGAGCGUGGACCUGAUGGUACCGUUGGGCCCAUUGGAGACCCUGGAGGACCUGGACCGGCAGGAACUGCUGGUAGAAUCGGAAGGGAUGGUCCCAUUGGACCACCCGGAGAAAGUGGAGCUCCAGGACCUAUAGGACUUCUCGGCCCAGAGGGACCACCUGGUCUAGACGGCGAGAGAGGACUGGACGGUGCAAAGGGUGAUCCUGGCGAGCCUGGUGCCGACGGCAAGCAAGGUCUGGCUGGUCAGCCUGGUCAAGAUGGACGACCUGGAGCUCGAGGAAAACCAGGAGAGACAGGCAGGCGGGGACCCCCAGGCCCUCCUGGUCCUCCUGGGCCAAGAGGAGAUGGAGGGCCGUCAGGAGGAGCAGGUGCCCCUGGUCCUCAAGGACCUCCUGGCAGCAAAGGACCACGGGGAGAAGCUGGUGAACCAGGUCAGAACGGAGCCGGCGGUUCGGCAGGAGAAGGGGGUGCCAUAGGACCCCCUGGCCCUCCCGGAAAACCUGGAUUCCCUGGCACAGAUGGAACGCCUGGUCAACCUGGAGCACCUGGUAACCCGGGUACACGUGGACAAAAGGGUGCCAGAGGGUUCCCAGGUCUUGAUGGAGAAGAUGGCGCACAAGGACCGCGCGGAGGACCUGGCCAGAGAGGUUCCAUGGGAGACCGUGGACCAUUUGGAACACAGGGUGCUCCAGGAGAGGAUGGCCCAAACGGUGAACGAGGACUUGGCGGUAAUAGUGGACCUCAAGGAGUAAAAGGAGUUCGUGGACUCCAGGGAACGAAGGGAGAUAAGGGUCCACGUGGUAUGAUGGGCUCGCCCGGACGCAUGGGUCUUCAAGGCCGACUGGGACCGCCAGGAAACCCAGGCUACAACGGUGAAUCGGGACAACAGGGACCCCCGGGAGACCAAGGCCCCCCUGGUGAACCUGGACAGGAUGGUUUCCAGGGCUUAGCUGGCCCAACUGGACCCAAAGGAUUUAAAGGGGGACCGGGCCAAUCAGGAUUCGCGGGAACACCAGGGAAACCGGGACCACCGGGACCUCCAGGAGAACGUGGUGAUCCUGGCUUUCCAGCCCCUAGACAGAUACGUACCAGCAUUGGUGGACCAGCUAAGGGCCCUGGACCAGGACCUAUUGAGGAGGAGUCUGAAGAAGUGGAGCCUGAAGGAUUUAGAAGGAAACGACGAUCAGCCGUAUCUGAGGAGAUGCAAGUUUUGGACCGUAUCGCCGAACUUUCCCAGAAAAUGUAUGAUGUGGAGCACCGAGACAAUUCACGCAAUUUCCCUGCUAAAACUUGUAGAGAUCUUCAGCUAUGUCACUCUGGUAUCAGGCUCAAAGAUGGCGAAUAUGACAUCGACCCUAAUGGCGGUUCACCAAAUGACCAGAUCACUGUAUACUGUAAUUUCACCAACCAAGCCACUUGCAUCAGGCCUAAAAUGAAAAAGAUUCCCAAGAGUACCUGGAAGACCCAAGUAGAUCCUAGGAUGAAAGUCGCAUGGUUUUCUGAGGACUUAAACAAUGAGAGCAAGAUUGAAUACGAUAUUGACGACAUCCAACUGUACCAUCUACAACUGCGUAGUAACCACGCCCAACAGGAGUUCACUUUUAAAUGUAAAAACUCGGUGGCCUGGUACGACCAGAGUGCCCGCACUUUUAAGAAAGCGGUCAAGUUUGAAGGUGUGAACGGCCACGAGUUUAGCUCCAAAUCCAAAUCAAAGAAAGCCAUGAUCAAGGUUCCCAAUGACGGUUGCAAGGUGAAGGAUGGAUCUCAACGCAGCACGCAAUUUGUUGUUACAACCACACAAGCCUCCCGGUUGCCUAUUGUUGACUUUGCAGCGUACGAUUUAGCGGGAGAACUAGAAGUUGAAAUCGGUGAAGUGUGUUUCUGGUGAACUAUGUAUAAUAACUAGGAAUCGUCCCCGCUAUAUUAUAAAAUAAAAACUGGACCUCAGGUUGACGACUGUGGAUGGCGAUUGACUGUUUUUUUUUUUAUUUUUUUUUAUUUUGCGAUAUUAGCUUCGUUUUGCGAAGGAAAGAUUCUUUAUGAAUAAAUGUUAUAGCGCGUUCAAGAGAGAACUUGUGAAUUGUUAUGUUGUGUCAUCUGCUGUAAUAAAUAAAAGAUUAAUGAGGCGGGAAAUUGUUAGAAGAAACGUUUUUAAAUAUUUCAGAUCCUAGGUUGAUUAUAAUACCAAAAGUAGUUGAUUUGUUGUAAGCCCCAUUUUCUAACAACUGGUUAGAUUGUAAACACAAGUAAAUAUGCUACCAAAGAAACACGGUUUCUCAAUGAAAGAUCCUAUCAUCGUGUUAAAUUAUAGCCUACACAAUCAACAGCACCCGGCACAACUAGGAGUGUUUCUAUAUUUGAGUUCAUUAGUUUUAUCAUAACUUGUAUGAACGAGAUAAUUUUCGAUACAUUUGAACUUAUCAUUAAAUUCUCUCAAGGAG